ACUUCUCUGUCUUCAAGAAUUGGACGUUGUCUUCAACAAGUGCCUUUCAGUUUUAAAAACACCAACCGUAAACAUGUUUGUGUUAUCUCCCAGAUCGUCUGCCAGUCUGUCUUCCUCGAGGACAAUGAGCGACGUAGAUGAGUUAGAUUCCGUUAUAAAAGCCAACGCUGGGCCUAGCCUCGAGGGGAACCUGCGAUUACUGGACACCAUAGACUGUCCAGCGGUGGUAAUGUGCUGUAGGUUCUCUGUAGAUGGCAAACGACUGGCUGUGGGAUUAGCAGAUGGCUCCAUUAAGAUUUAUGGGACGACAUUGUCUGAGAGCAGUCAGAUGUUGUACAGUCUUGUGGAUGAUGACACGCUCAGGUGGAGGCUUCCUGUCACACAAAUACGCUUCAAGCACUUCACUGACACUGAUAAAGUGGAGCACACACAUAUCCUUGUGGCAACUUAUGCGUCUGGUUGUGUGAAGUUCUGGCACUACUCGUCUGGCAAGUGUGUCCAUACUAUUCAUGAGGUCAGACAGGUGUUAACCACCUGCUCCAACCCACAAGGCAGCCUCUUCCUCACCGCUGGAGCAGAUCCAGAAAUUCACAUCUAUGAUGCAGACACCAAGAAGAAGAUCAGGACCUGUAAACCAAGUGAUUCACGUGAUGUGAUGGAUGGCCACAGGUUCCGCGUGUUCGCUGCCCAGUGGCACCCGAACAUGGAUCACGUGUUUAUAUCCGGGGGAUGGGAUGACACAGUACAGUACUGGGAUGACAGACAGCAGAAGGCAUGGAAAAAGUUCACAGGGCCUCAUAUCUGUGGCGAUGCCCUGGACAUAGACCCCAUUCAUAACCAUGUGAUCACGGGGUCCUGGAGGAAGACCGCAGUCUUACAGAUAUGGGACUUUCCCAGGAAGAAAAUCAAAGAUGUUCCCCAGGAUCCAAUGAACCAGAGUUUGCUGUACUGCGCUCAUUGGCUGGGAAAGGACAGUAUAAUUUGUGGUGGGUGUGACCACAACAUGGCCAGAGUGAUUGACAGGGGCACGUUGAAUACAACUGGUCAGCUGGUGGACCUGCCCCAGGGUGUAUAUUGCAUGGACAAUGACCGUCUGGGCAUCAACCCUAAGAUAGCCAUCGGGGCACAUCAGUAUGUCUUCAUCGUCACUGGUAACAAGAUGGCGUGAUGCCAGAAAGCAAGGCAAAAUGUAAUACGAUACGCAGUGAUCUCCUCACUUAUUAAAUUUUCCAUGUCUCACUGUAGCUAGUUUUUGUGGCCCUUGCUUUUUGUGGCAAGGGCUGUGUGGUUAAAUAUGUUUAAUUUUCUUGGAAACAUAUCUGUAUUUUCUAUAUCAGUGGUAAAACAUGUCUAGACUUAUUUCUAACAAAUCUGAAGACAUUAUAAUUAAUUUCCCCUUUUAAUAUAAACAGUGCAUCAAAAGUAAGUUCCCCUAAAAACAUCGUUUGACAUUUACCAAGAUAUUUGCCUAAUCAUUGUGAAAUUUUGCACACAGCAUCUCAGUAAACAAGUCAAAACACUGUAGCAAGGAUUACCCUGUAGAUAUGGAUGUGCUCCAAUGAGCAUAUGCAAAUUCACUAACACUUGGAUUUGGAAAAUUUUACAAACAGAUUGAGGGUAAUUUUGACUACCCAUAGGACCAGAUAAUGUUAAAAUUUGGUGUAACCACCAUGCUUUUGUACCACACUGAGACAGGAAGCUGGCAUCAUGUUAAUGAGGUGUGUGAUAUGAUUUUGAGGGCUGACUAACCACUCCUCCUAGAGCAGGUGUCUAACGUCAUCAGGAUCGGACACCAUCGUAACACGGCGAUACAUCGCUUGUUUCAACUGGUCACACAAAUGUUCAUUGGGUACUGAGACCCGAGGAAUUGGCAGAUCAUUGCAUGUGCUCAGUGCCUUCUGGUUCAAAGAAGUCAUUUAUCACUCUGCCAUGAUGUGGACGAGCAUUGUUGUGCAAAAAUCCUGGUAAAUGUCAAAAACAAUGUUGUGGGGGAACUUACUUUUGAUGUACUGUUUAUUAUGAGCACUGAACAUUUUCAGAAUUUUGUCUCAGAAUGAGGACCAUGAACAAUUCAUUUUUGUUGUCAAUUUGAGAAGCAGUCAAAGAAAUAUUUACUUUAGUUUAUGAUGAUAGAGAACAUGAAAGGCAGCAUGUUAUGUAUAGAUGUGGAUAGUACCUGUACUUUUUUUGUAAUUUAUAACUAAUGUUUUGAAAUUUGCAUUGAAUACAUGUAUGUUAAGGUCAGUCUCUGAUAUUGCCAACUUUAACUUUAUUGCAAUAUUAUUUUUACUUGUGAUAUAUCUAAUGAAAUAUAAACCUAACAAUGUGCCGUGCUUAAAGAGAGGAAGGCAUAUCAGAUGUGGAAGGCGCAUUCUUUGUAACUCUACUGCAAGUCUUCAUCAGUCAACUGCAAUAAUCAUCAGUUUUCAAGAGCAGUAAAAUUGGUUUAUAUAGCAUUUAAAAUACACAUCACUAGCUAUGAACAUCAUAUUUAUUUGUCUGUUAUCUUACAGUUUACAUGGACCUGUUGUAUUGAGUGUAUCGGAGUAAAUAGUUUUUAUGCUCUUUUGUAUAUCCUACAUUCAUUGAAAAUGUUCUGAAAAACUUGUGAUUUUGAAAACCAAAAUAUUUGUUAUUAUUACUAAUCUGUUGUCACACAUUAUGCAUGUCACAUAAGUUCACCUAGCAUUUAAAUUACCACAAUAUAUAAUGUUACCAUUAUAAUUAUUGUAGAGAGUACAUAUAUUUAAGUGGCCCAGCAUGGUUAAAAUCAUUUGGAUUUUUGUUAUUAUUUUUCUUCUGUUUUCUUGAAAGCUUUUGAAAGCUUUAAGAGCUGUAAAAGGAAAAGUUUCCGUUGAAUGUUGAUGAAAUUUGGUGAUUUUAGGAACAAGGUCACAAGGCAAAUUUUGGCUGUUUAUAGUUAACUUUGGUCUCAUGACAUGGCAACUAUCUUGUAUUUUGAUCAAAACCUCAAGAACCAACAAACAAAUUCUUUCGACAUUUGAUGUACUUGUAAAGUGAUCCCAGUUAGAGCAAGUUUGAAAAAUUCUUGGACAUUCAUCGAAAGUUUUGAAAGCUAGCCAUUGGUCGAAGUUAGGACAUCAGCACUCAUUCCGAAUCUGCUUUCGGAUUUUGCCUAUUUUUGUAACUUUUUGGUCAAAAUUUUUUUUUCCUUUACGUAACUUCAGUGGCCUGUAACUUGAGAACUAUGGUAGUUAAAAAAAGUGAAACUUGUAGCCCAGAUUGUAGUCCAAGACAUGUGGUUUCUGAUUGGUGCCAACAGAUUUGAGCUAUGAUUAAUUCUUUUUUCACUAGAAAUGUUUAAACAACACCACCCUACUUCAGAAAUAGAAAUGUAAGCCUAUGCAUUUGACAUACAUGUAGACUUUAGAGAUAAUUGUGUAUUACGAUGCAUCGGCUGCAGGUAACUUGCCACGUAGGUUGGCGGCCUGUCACUCAAACCGAGAAAUGAACAACUCUUUCUCCUGUCCACAGCUAUCAACGGACAAUAUUCAGUGUAUAGCCAGCCCUGUUUGCAAUGCAUCAUGGGUAAUUCUCAGCAAUCCCAACAGCAUUCCCCAAUUCUAUCACCAAUAUAAGUCCAAAGCCAUGGCCAAAUAUGCCAACAAUUUCUACCCACACAUGUACCUCGAGUCAUGACGAGCCCAAAAAAUGUAACUCUUAUUUGGCCAAAUUCAACCGUUAAAGAAAUCUAUCGUGGUUUCCAGUUUCUUUUCAGGUCUAGAUUUUAAUACCUGUAAAGAGGAGACGGACUUUAGGAUGCUGCACAGAACAGUAACUAUGAAACCGCUUGCCAUGGCUUUGGACUGGGGAUCUUUUUUAAAGAAAACAACACACAACACCAUUUAUUCCUUCUAACUAUUUAGACCUAAAUUUCAUAUCUUUAUAGCCUCCUAACAUUUCCUGUCAGCUACAUGCACUCUGUCUUCGCCCACUGUCAAAAUUAACCAGAGCCCAAGGAAACCAGAAGGGACCCUAGAGUAGGAUGAUUGCACACCAUGUAUCCACCUGAAGUGUACAUACUUAAUCAGGUGCAGUGAUCACCAAGGCCUUAAACAGGCAAGACAAUGUGGUUGUCUUCAGCACUGGACACAUUGUAUAUAUCUGUUAGCGUGGGGUUCAAAACUAAUUGAUUAUUUUACAUUAUUGUCAUACUUUUUCUCCGUUUGUCUGUUUUUGUAAAUACUGUCUCAGUUUGUUACAUGCAGGUUUAAUUUUUUGAAUUGUCCAUUGUAUAUGUACUUCGGCAGUUAAAUCGAGCUGUUCAUUGUUAUAUGUGUUAGCAUCUGUUCAUAAAUAGAUGUUUGCCAAAGCUUAAUUUUCCUGAUCUUGACAAAUUAGUUUAGUGCAUUACUUUCUUAGUGUUUUCUUAUUUGACAUUCAAUUGGGCCUUGAUGCUUGGCCACCAGUAUCGCUGUAAGGAAUGUUUUAAUUUAAUACUUUAAUCAUAAAUAAUGUUUUGGAGUUUUUAUCUGUUUGUACUUACAUUGUGUGUGGCUGUUUAAAUAGGAUGAUCAAAUGACUGCUGAUAAUAUUUCAGAUUGAUAUAUUUUGUAAGUGCCUUUGUGCUCUUAAAGAUUUUAAGAGUAGCACCUAAUGACCAGUUUGACAAACUGUGAUUUACAAAAUGUCUGUGUGUUACUUUGAUAA